AUGCAAAUGCGAAACCGCGUGGCGCCGGUAAUUGCCGAUGUAAAACCGAAAGUCAACCGGAAAUCGAUUUUAUUCGGAUCGAAAUUGGAUAUAUUUCACAUAGCUCUAGCAGUGUUCUGCGCGAUUCUAGGCGGUUGUAUCCAGCCGCUCGUAUUACUUCUUGGCGGCUGGAUCACCGAUCAUUAUCUCGUCAAUAAUAAUACGCCCGGCGACAAAAAAUUUUUCAGCGACGUUCUAUUUCUAAUUUAUUGCGGUGUACUCGCCGGUGUGGUUGUCCUCAUUCUUGGCAUCAUUCAAGGCAUUUACAUACAACGCGGCACACAGAAAAUCAUCGCAAAACUCCGACGAGUUUUUAUUGCCUCGAUACUUCGACAAAAUUCGGCGUGGCUUGAUGAUCAUCCGGCGGGAAGUUUGAUUGGCGAACUCAAUGAAAACAUCGAAGUGAUUUCGAAUGCUGUUGGCAAUCAGAUGUGCGUUUUGAUUCGCGGAUUUGCAAUGUUCCUCUCAUCCAUCAUCGCAUGCUCGUUCGUUAACGUACCAUUGACUUUCAUCACACUGACAAUGGGUCCCAUCUCGGCAUUUGUUCUUCAUGUCUCGACAAAAGUCAACGAGUCGACGAUGAGCGAGCUGAUUGAGGAAUCAAAAAAAUCGCACACCAUCUUCGAGGAAUCUAUAAUGAACGUGAAGACUGUGCAAGCUUGCAACGGGCAACACUUCAUGACGAGAAAGUUGAAGGAAGUCAAUCAGAGGAUUAAGAAGCUUCACAUUCGAAUGUGCUUCUGGUCCGGCUUCUUUGACGGAAUGUCCCUUUUUGUCGUCUAUGGUAUCACAGGUCUAGCUCUAUUCGUCGGCUGUCGCUUUUAUUUCGCCGGAGCGAUUACGAGACCGGGAGACGUUAUUCUGGUUGUCAACACGAUUUGCGUCAUCGGCUAUUUUCUAGGUCUUCUCGGACCACAUCUGACGACGCUUCAACAAGCCGCCGCCUCGUUCACAUCGCUUCAAAGCGUUAUUGAGAUGACAUCAGAGAGCGAUGAUUUGAAGGCGGACACAAAAGUGACGAAUUUGCAAGGUCACAUCGUUUUUAAAAAUGUCCAUUUCAAGUAUCCAACGCGUGAUAAAAAAAUAUUAACAGGUCUUUCAUUUGAAGCCUUGCCGGGACAGUCAAUUGCGCUAGUUGGAACCAGCGGAUGCGGGAAAAGCACAUCGAUUGGCCUUCUCACAAAAUUGUACCGGCUCGAUCAAGGAGAAAUUACAGUGGAUGGCAUGAAUGUGAGAAUUUUGGAUGAAAGAAGCUUAAGAUCGAAGUUCGGAAUUGUUCCGCAAGAGCCGAAACUGUUUGAGGGCACCAUAAUGGAAAACAUCAAGCUUGGUAGGGAUGUCAGCGAUGACGACGUGGUGAACGCGGCGAAAAUCGCAAACGCUGAUGGGUUCAUUCGGAAAUUGAAAGACGGCUACGAAACGAAAUUGGGAACUGGUGGCGUUCAGUUGUCGGGCGGACAAAAGCAGCGAAUCUGUAUUAGUCGCGCAUUGGUCACAUCGCCUUCCGUGCUUCUUCUCGACGAGGCAACGAGCGCUCUUGACUCGCACAGCGAAGCCAUCGUCAAUGCAGCUUUACAAAAAGCUUCGAUCGGCCGCACCACGAUUGUCAUUGCUCAUCGAUUGAGCAGCUUGAAAUAUGUUGACAAAAUCUAUGUAAUAGAAAAGGGCAAAACAGUGGAAGUUGGCAGUCACGAUGAUCUUAUGGCGCUUGAUGGCAUUUACGCGAAAUUGGCAAAAAGCCAAAAUAUUGAUCAGAGUGAAACAAGCGAUGAUAAUAGUAAAACGCGCCCGACCGCCGAUGACGGAAUGCAAUUCGCCACUGAUGAUGAGAUUCCUGAAACUGACGAAAGUUUGGCUGCCAUUGAACCAGAGGACAACAAGAUUUCACUGGCCGGUUUACGAUUAUUGAAUUAUUAUCGCAAAUAUAAAGGGACAGCUUUAUUAAUAUUGUUGCUCUCGUUGCCGAGAUGUGUCGAGCUCGCAUGUUAUGGUUUGAGCCUCUCGUUGGCAUACUACACGUUAGAGCAAAACAAAGAUGACUACAUGCAAUGGGCUUAUAUCACCCUCGGCGAGCCGGUUAUAAUGGGUGCUGUUAUUUGGCUGGUGCACACAAUAUUGAUGAUGCUUGCUAAUGGCACCGCUAGCGAUAUAAUGGAUGAUGUGAAGGCGACGUUACUCUCUCGUCUACUUCAUCGACCCGUCUCGUAUUUCGACAAUCCGACAACGUCGACAGCCGCGUGUGUAUCGAAAAUAUCGAGCAACAUUGGCAACGCGAUUGCGUGCGUCGAUCAUCGAUCCGUUCGAAUCGUCAUAUUCGCGGCUGGCACGCUUGCGUCCCUUCUGCUCGCCUUUCCGUUCGUCUGGGAGAUCGGUCUCAUCGGACUCCUCAUUACAAUAUCAUACGGAAUCGUGUCGUUGUAUUUCGUGAGCUCUGCCCAUAAUUUGCACAUCGAGAAGACGGUUAAUGAUAGGAGCGGAGUGUUCACAAUUGAGAUAAUUGAGCAAGUGCGCUCGAUUCAAAUAAUGGCGGUGGAGGAUUACUUCGAGUCGCGGUUAAACGAAUUUCUCAAUGCUUCUGAAGAAUACGAGAAGCGGGUUGGAUUUAUGUCGGCCUUGAAUUUUGCAUCAACACAGAGCUAUGUGUUCUUCUCCGACAUGCUCACAUUUUACAUUGGCACGUUGUUGAUCUACUACGGCAAAUACGAGUCGAACAAAAUCUUUCUUGCGUUUAAUGGCUCUCAGAUGGCUUCGUGGGGAAUUAUGUACUUUGCGCCGUUCAUUCCAGAAGUGGUCAGCGCUUCGGCAGCGGCUAAUCAAAUUUUGGAGAUGCUCAAUUCGCCGACGGAUCGAAUCGCGCGCGCGACAACCGAGAAGCCGGAAAUUGACGGAUCGGCGAGAAUUGAGAACGUCACGUUCGCUUAUCCGUCAAAUCCAAAGAAGAAGGUGUGCAAAGAUCUCACGAUCGACAUUAAGAAAGGAUCCUCGAUUGCUCUUGUUGGAUAUUCGGGAUCCGGCAAAAGCACAAUUGUGUCAUUGCUUGAGAGAUUCUACGAGGUCAAGGACGGCGAAAUUAUUCUUGGUUCGACUCCCAUCAAUAAUAUCGAACUGUUCCAUUUGCGCACAAAUAUUGCAUUAGUCUCACAAGAGCCCGUGCUUUUCAAUGCAUCAAUUUUCGAAAAUAUUACGCUGGGUCUCGACGGAGUUACAUUGGACGAGGUGCGCGAAGCAUGCGAAUGCGCCAAUGCUUCAAAAUUUAUCGAAAACUUCCCAUUGGGCUACGACACAAUUGUUGGAGAAGGUGGCGGCUCAUUGUCGGGCGGUCAAAAGCAGCGGAUUGCCAUUGCGCGCGCGAUUGUCAGAAAACCCAAGAUUCUUUUGCUCGAUGAAGCGAACAGCGCGUUGGACGCUGAAUCGGAUAGGAUUGUUCAAAAUGCUCUGCGGAUGGCUAGUCAUGGACGAACAAGCAUAACUAUUACACAUCGAUUGAGCACCAUUCAAAAUUGUGACAUGAUCCACUAUGUUUCCGAUGGUCGCAUCACAGAGAGCGGUACUCAUUCGGAUCUUUUGAAACUCAAUGGAAAAUACGCAAAUCUGGUUGCAGCGCAAUCUCUUUCAUAA